AUGUCACAGAGCGAUGUAUCUAGGCACGAUGGUGCCGAAGGCUACACAAAGCUUGCGUGUCGCAGAGCGAUGUGGCUAGGCAUGAUGCUGCCGAAGGCAACACAAGAUGUGGCUAGGCAAGGGGGUGUCGAAGGCAACACAAAGCUUGCAUGUCACAAGGCGAUGUGGCUAGGCAUGGGGGCGCCGAAGGCAACACAAAGCUUGCGUGUUGCAAGGCAAUGUGGCUAG